AUGCUGAAAACAUUGCAAGAAGCAGAGUCAGAAGAGAAUGUAAUUUACCCUGCAAUGUUUGCUCCUCUUGAAAAAUUAAAACAUAUGGCAAUGUUUUUGCCUUUAUUUUACCUACAAGCUAAAGUUCCUGUUAAAAAUUCAUUAAAUUAUGAUGAAUGUGUAUUUAUUAAAAGAAAAUUGAGUUUACAUCCACAUACUUCAUUGCCAAGAACACCAUUUUAUCAGUUUUAUUAUAAUAUUACUAAUGAAAUAAUUAUUAAAACAAAACUCGAAGAAUUUGUUAUUGAGCCAUACUUUGCUUAUAUACUUGAGGAGGAAAAUAAAGGGAUAAGAGAAUAUUUAGAUGUUAGCGUUGUUGAUUUGAAUAAUCCUAUAAAUGGCAAAUCUGUUCCACCUCAAGAACAUACUGUGCUUCGUAAUAUGGUUAAUUUUGUUCAAAUAAAUAAUAGGGGUUUUCCCCGACGGGAUGGGUUCACGAGAAAAUUUUUGUGGAGAGCGCCAAGGAGGAGAUAGCAGGAACGAGGGAGGGAGGGGAGGGGGGAGCAAGAAAGGAUGGAGGGAGGGGGAAGCAAUGGAGGGAGGGGUGGGGGAGCAAGAACGGAUGAUGAGGGGAGGAAUUUGACGAAGGGAGGGAGCAGGAACGAGGGAGG